CCUGAGCUCCCGGAGGGAGGCUUGCUUUCUCGGCUCCCCCCCCCCUCCUCAAGGCAGGAGAGGGCGGAUCCCUUGCGCGCAACCAGAGGAGAAAAGGGUCCGAAAAGGGUGCCAAAACUGGACCGAGGCGGGCGCAGAAGCCGGCUCAGGUGGCGGCCGCGGAGGCUCGGCGAAGCGAUGGGUCGGCGGAGCGGCUUUUCCGGAGAGCAGGAUUGGAGAGAUUAGAGCGAGAAAGAGAUUUUUAGAGAGAGGAAGCGUGUGAAGGACUCGAGAGGCGGCGAUGGAGCUCCGUGCGCUCUCCCUGUGCGCUUUUGUGCUCGCCUCCGCCGGGGAUGCUUCGGGGAGCCGGCUGCUCCCCGGCAUGCCCAACGUUUGUGCAGAACGAGAAGUUGCAGUGGUCGGCCAGUGGCUGCCACGUAUCCAAGCCUUCACCCGUUUGGUUCAAGUGAGGAAGCCGGGCUGUGCAGGGCAUCCGUGGUGCGUGGGCUACGAAAGGAGAGUCAUGUAUUUUGUGGACAACCGACAGGUUUACGGCAUGCAGUACCAAACAGUGUACCGUUGCUGUCCCGGGUGGUCUCAACUUGGCGAGGGCUCAGGCUGCAUUUACCCUGUCUGCAGUUAUGGGGUGUGCUUCAACGGAGGCAAGUGUGCUGAAGGCUCCUCGCUCCAGAUCUGCCACUGCCCUUCCGGUUUCCAAGGCCCGUGCUGCCAGUAUGAUGUGAACGAAUGUGACGCUGGAAAUGCCGGGUGCGAAUCUCAGUGCUGUAACACCAUUGGGAGUUUCUACUGCAGGUGCCUGCAAGGAUCAAAGCUGAAAGAUGAUGGGAAGACAUGUGAAGAUGUUGACGAAUGCCUGGUUCACAAUGGGGGUUGCCAGCACAGAUGUGUGAACACUCUGGGCUCCUAUUAUUGUGAGUGCAAGCCAGGAUUUCGCCUCCACACGGACAGCAGGACUUGUCUGGCCAUCAACACCUGCGCCAUCAACAACGGCGGGUGUGAGCAUGAUUGUGUGCAGCUCACCCUGUCACAACAUCAGUGCCAAUGCCGGCCCAAUUACCAGCUGAAGGACGAUGGGAAGCAUUGUGUCUUGAGAAACCCAUGCACGGAGAGAAAUGGAGGCUGCAUGCACAAGUGCCAGAACCGCCGUGGCAUGCCGCAGUGCGAGUGCCACCCCGGAUACAGACUGGCCGCUGAUAAGAAGGCUUGUGAAGAUGUCAACGAAUGCAUCACUGGGAAGGCCAUGUGCGCGCAUGGCUGCCUCAACACCCGGGGCUCUUUCAAGUGCACUUGCAACCCGGGGUACGAGCUGGGAGUGGAUAGCAAACAGUGUUAUCGGAUUGACAUGGAAAUUGUCAACAGUUGUGAGACCAACAACGGAGGCUGUUCCCAUCUUUGCCAUCACACCAGCUCCGGCCCCGUGUGCAGCUGCAAUGUGGGAUACCAGCUGGACAGAGACAAGAAAACCUGUGUUGGUAUGGAGAAGUGUUCGGAUCAGGAAAUAAAUGUCAGUGCCUCCCUACAGGGGUGGGAGACAAGACGUCCCGAUUCUUCUUAUGAACAUGGAAAAGUGGUCCAGGAAUGUUAUAACUACCCGGGAGGCUACGAGUGCAUUUGCUACGCCGGCUACCGGCUCAGCACAGAUGGCUGCAGCUGUGAGGAUGUGGACGAGUGCUCUUCAGACAACGGAGGGUGCGAGCAGUUCUGCCAGAACGUGGUGGGCUCCUUUCACUGCAGUUGCCAGAUUGGCUACAAACUAGACGAAGACCGAAAGAGCUGUGUUUUACUUGAGGACCCCGUGGAAGCCCUCGAUGGAAGACGCCCUGUCAUCCGUCCGCUCCCUCAUGUGGCUGUCCUCCGGGAGGAAUUCACCCAGUUAUUUGAGGAAGAGUAUGAUGAGGAAGAGGAGGCAGAAGCAAGAGGGGAGCACACUUUGUCUGAAAAAUUCAUCUGCCUGGAUGAUGCCUUCGGCCAUGACUGCAGCUUGACUUGUGACGACUGCCAAAACGGAGGGGCCUGUAAUGAGGACCAGACGGGCUGCGCUUGCCCGGAUGGCUGGAGCGGGAUCCUUUGCAACCAAACUUGUCCAGAAGGGACGUUUGGUAAGAACUGCAGUUCUGCGUGUCUUUGCCAAAAUGGAGGGACAUGCGACCCGGUGACAGGAGCCUGCCGUUGUCCACCUGGUGUAAGCGGAGAGCAGUGUGAAGAUGGUUGCCCCAAAGGGUUCUUUGGGAAGCAUUGCCGGAAGAAAUGCAACUGUGCCAAUCGAGGGCGCUGCCACCGGAUUUAUGGAGCUUGCCUGUGUGAGCCAGGCUUGUACGGACGAUAUUGUCACCUUGCUUGCCCCAAGUGGGCGUAUGGCAUGGGCUGCUCCGAGGAAUGCCAGUGUGUGGAACCCAACACCCAAGACUGUGACAAGAAGGAUGGCGCCUGCGUGUGUAAACCUGGUUACUCUGGCCAAAAGUGCCAAAUGGAAUGUGAUCCGGGCUAUUACGGUCCCGGGUGCCGGAGCAGGUGCAGUUGCCCCGCCGGAGUGCUGUGUGAUCAUGUGACUGGUGAAUGUCAGCAGCAUUGCCCCCAGGGGUACCAUGGGGAGAACUGCACCGAAGAAUGCCCUGAAGGGACGUUUGGAGUGAACUGUCUCCAAUCCUGUACCUGCAGUGGUUCCCCUUGCAACCGCUUCAGUGGUCAAUGUCAUUGUGCAGCCGGGAAGACAGGCGCAGAUUGCAGCCAAGAGUGCCCUGAAGGUCGCUGGGGGCAAGGAUGCCAAGCAAUCUGCCCAGAGUGCAAGAACAACGCUCGUUGCGAUCCCCAAACGGGUGUGUGCCUCUGCUCACCUGGAUACACGGGCAACCAUUGCCAAGAUGUGUGUCCUCCUGGAUGGUUUGGACAGGAUUGCCAAGUGCACUGCAACUGUGGGAAUGAAGGAUACUGCCACCCCGAGACUGGGAGGUGCAGUUGUGCUCCUGGGUGGACAGGUUAUAAUUGCCAAAGAGCCUGUGAUCCAGGACGCUGGGGUCCGGACUGUGCCAACGUUUGCAACUGUAGCAACAGCGAUGGGAGCUGCAACACCAGGACAGGACAGUGUAUCUGUGAGGCUGGCUACACCGGGACCCAGUGUGAUCAGAAGUGCCCUGAAGGCUGGUUCGGUCCGAGCUGCCGGCACAGAUGCCAGUGUGACCACGGAGCCGCCUGCGAUCAUGUCAGUGGGGCAUGCACCUGCGCCCCUGGAUGGAGAGGGACAUUUUGUGAGCGCUCUUGCCCUAAAGGCUUCUUUGGCGUGGACUGUCGAGGGAGCUGCCAUUGCCUGAAUGGCGCCAGCUGCGAUCAUGUGACAGGACGAUGUGUUUGUUCAGCCGGGUGGAUCGGCCCAAGCUGCAACCAAACUUGUCCCCCCCAGCACUAUGGGGAGAACUGCACCCAGGGAUGCAGCUGUUUCAAUGGGGCUACCUGCAACCCCAUUGAUGGGCAAUGUGUUUGUGCCCCCGGAUGGAUGGGAGACAGCUGCCAGCAAGCGUGCCCCGAUGGCUUCUAUGGCUCAAACUGCCAGCUGCGGUGCCUGUGCCAACAUGGCGGAGUGUGUGACCCAGUCACAGGGCACUGCGUAUGCCCUGAAGGGUGGACCGGAUUGGCCUGUGAGCUGGCGUGUGCCCACGGAAAAUAUGGCCCUGACUGCCGAGAAAGCUGCCAUUGCCUGAACGGAGGACGGUGCGACCAGAAAGCCGGGCGUUGCCUUUGCCGCCCUGGGUGGCAGGGAGAUAAGUGCCAAACGGCUUGCCCUGCAGGUUCCUAUGGAGAAGAGUGCAAAGAGCGUUGCGACUGUGAGCAUGGUGUGUUGUGCCAUCACAUCACGGGAGUUUGUGACUGCCCAGCUGGGUGGCGAGGACGUCACUGUGAGAAAGCCUGUCUGCCUGGUUCUUUCGGGAAGGGUUGCACUUCCGGCUGCGACUGCCCGCCAGGAGCGCCAUGCCACCACGUCACAGGGGAAUGCAGCUGCCCUCCGGGGUUCACCGGCCACGGGUGUGAGCAAGCUUGUCUGCCAGGGACCUUUGGACAGAACUGCGCACGGAUUUGCCAGUGCGCCGGCGUGAACCAUGACUGCCACCCAGUGACCGGGGAGUGUAUCUGCGCACCAGGCUUCCAUGGCACCAACUGCCGGCAAAGAUGUCCUGUCGGGCGCUAUGGCCCGAAUUGUGACAGGCAAUGCAACUGCAAACAUGGAGGCCAGUGUGUGACGACCACAGGGGUGUGCCAGUGUCCUGCUGGGUAUUUUGGAGCGGACUGUGGUACUCCUUGCCCUGCUGGCCACUAUGGUGCCGACUGUGCCCUUGUGUGUUCGUGCGGUAGCAAUGCCACCUGCCAUCAUGUGACUGGCUCUUGCCUUUGUCCGCCAGGCAGGACAGGCCCCAAAUGCGAGCAUGGUUGUCCAAGGAAUCGGUAUGGACUCAGUUGUAAACAGACGUGUGCCUGUCAGAAUGGAGGGAUCUGCCUUGCGACCGAUGGCUCCUGUCUGUGUGGGCUAGGAUGGACUGGGACGUUUUGUGAAUUAGGAUGCCCGCCAGGGAGGUAUGGCGCCAACUGUGAGCUGAAUUGCACCUGCAGAAACAACGCAACCUGCGAUUCUGUGACCGGAGUUUGUCGCUGUGGAAGAGGACACUAUGGGAACUUGUGUGAACACGCCUGUCCAGCGGGCUUCCAUGGUGUCAAUUGUCAGGAGCCGUGUGCCUGCCAGAAUGGAGCCAAGUGUGACCCGAGGACAGGGGAAUGCCUGUGCCCCCCUGGUUUCCACGGAAACCAGUGUCAGAAAGGCUGUGGUGCAGGAAACUACGGAGACAAGUGUCAGCAACGGUGUGAUUGCGAGGGGAGCGCUGGUUGCGAUCCCGCCAGCGGCCGCUGCCUGUGUCCUCCGGGAAAGAUGGGUGCCAGGUGUGAUGUGGACUGCCCCUUGAGGAAAUACGGUCCUGAUUGUUCUCUGACCUGCGAGUGUUCUGCAGCCCACGCCUACUGUAAUGCUGAGAAUGGACGGUGUAUCUGCCUCGACGGAUACAUAGGGACCAAGUGUCGAGAAGGAGGGCUACCUCAGUCGCUGAUGAGCACGCAACAACAGCCAGAAUCACAGGCGCCAUCUCAGACUUUCUCACCGAGUUCUCUCAGGGUGGUCCCUCCCGCUGUGAAGCACUAGGUCUUCCAACUCAGCAUCUCCAGAGGAGAGACUUGAAUAGGCCACGAGUGUGGAACGCCUCUACCGAAGGUCAUCUCCGCACCGGUUCCUCGUCCCAAACAUUUGAGGAGUGUAAACGUAGAGAACUUUGUGUGAAGAGGCCUCCGAGCGGAUGGCACUCAAGCCUCUGAAGGGAGCACGUGAUUCCCUUGGGACAAUAUUACCGAGGGGCAACGGCAUCUCCCUCCGCUCGUAAACUCGGAAGUGGUUGUUUGAGCAUAACUUGUUUUCUACUGGAGGGAUCGUGUCUUGUAAAUGACCUAUUUUCCUUAUUUCCACACCUCCUGGAAUUAUGCUAGCCAAAUUCUGGUAUUUAUGUAAAGAUAUUUAUGGGCCGAUGUGUUAACAUCUGAUGUACGACUCCGAAUGUGCCUUAGAAGUCCAAGUAGCCCAGUGUGUGUGCGUGUAUGUGGGCUCACAGAUCUAGAGAAGAGCAAAUGGUCUGGAAAUUUCUCUUGCUCAGUGUUGCUCAAAGGGUUUUAGAAAAGUUAACCAGCCACGUUCUAGAAGGCAAUUCCCAGGCGUGAGGGGUGCAGAAGGCUACAACUUGAGAAUACAACAACACGUUUACAAUUCUGUUGUCAUCCUAUGGAGCCUUCUGUGAUCUGUGGUUUGGUGAGACACUUGAUAAGAAUUAUCUGCUGGAGGUCAGAGCAACCCCUUGGGGAGAUCUCAAGCUGAGAAUUCCAACUCUUCUCAUGAAAUCACAAAUCCAGGAUUUGGUAGCCAACGUGGCAUCGAACCACUCUUAACUGUAUAAUGCAGAGAACACUCCUUGGCGUGCAAAUGCCAAACCAAAGAGAGGGAAGGACACAGUUUCUGGGGCUGUCUUUCCACCACCUGAGAAGGUUGGAACUGGAUGGAAAUGCGGAAUUGGGCAGAAUAUUUUAUCUUCUCAUGUAACUGGGUGGAAAUACGGGAUGUGGUUUGGAGAUGGUGGGGUUUCUAAUGUUUCUGAACAGCAGAACCAAAAGGAUUUAAAUCCUGCUUCUCAAAAUUCUGCCCUGAGUGGAUGUUUCCGCACAUCUGGCUGUAGAAAGGUAAGUUUUGAGGAGGGGUAAAAAUGGAAAAUCAGAACCAGUGUAAAGUUGAGGUGGUAAGAGACUUUUUAAAAAAAAAAAUCAGUAUAACAAUCUUCCCAACAUCUCUUACAAGCUGUGAAGGUAUUUAAAUAUCCUGUUGCCCAAAAAUGGGAGUGG